AUGGCUCAGUAUGGUCCAACAGCUCUUCCUCAAGGUGCCAACGACGGCGGUGACGGCUCGACCAAGGAAAAAGCGACCUGGAUAGUUGGCAGCGACAAGACCGCACGAAGCUUCGUUGUGAAGCAGUACGGCAGCUAUGUCCGCUGCAAUAUGGGUAACGCCCUCAUGCUCUGGGACACAGGGUUCCGCAUCAUCUUCGACCCGCCCACCGGUCGGCGAGCAAAGUUCGAGUGGAAAGGCAGUGGUAGUCCACAGUACCAGGCCUUUGCUCAGCAGUACUGGGAGAUCCAGCAAGAAGAAGAAGAAGAAGCUUCUCUAGCGAGGGGUGAUCGCUUGCCUGGAGAGGAUCUUGGUGAAGACGCCGAGGAAGAGUUCGAGGUCGUAGGAGAUCCUGUCUUCGACUCUGUCGAACAGCCACCUUCGACUCCUUCGAGCGGUACACCCGGCAACUUCGCUUCGUCUUCUUCUGGUGGUCGCGGUCGUGGCAGCCCCUCCACUCCUCGAGGUCGCGGCUCCGGCGGCCAGCCAGGAUCCAGUCGUAGUUCAGGUGGUCGCGCCUCUGGAGGACUUUUCAGCACACCUCGAAGUCAAGGCUUAGGUGGCUCCGGACGAUCUCAGCAGGGUCCAGGAUCGCCAAAGUCACCUUCGUUCGGCAAGGGCAAGGGUCCAGCUAGUGGCUCCCCUGGAGCUGGAGCGGCUUGA